AUGCCCGCUGAGACCUCCUCUCCACUUGCUACUUUUGCGCCCUCCGUGCCCAUAUCGUUUCCUCUCCGCGUCUUCGCGGCACUGCGAGCCCUCAUCUGGGUCACCCUCAUCAUGGACAACCCGUUAAAAUGGUGGUGCCAGCAGGGAAGGAGGAACGACCGGGCUGACAUGGAAGGCCCACUGUACGUCCCCGGUGCCCCCGCCCGCAUGCUGGAGCCAGGCAAGGCAGUCCUGGCGACGGUGGACGAGCUGAAGGAAUACACGCCGUUCCUGCUACAGGUGACGGUCCGCUCGCCGCACGGGGACCCGCUGCCGCACGCGACGAUCGACCUGUGGCACGCGACGAGCGCGGGCGCGUACGCGUACCGCUCGUACGCGCUCCGCGGGCAGCUCACGACGGGCGCCGACGGCUCCGUCGAGGUCCUCACCGUCGCCCCGGGCGACUACGGCGGCGGGCUCGGCGUGCGCGCGGGCCACUUCCACAUGAAGCUCCACGACGGCGCGCGCCGGUACGAGCGGCUCACGACGCAGCUCUACGUCUGCCGCGCCAACGACUUUGCGGCGGGCUCGCGCAAGGAUACCCUGAACUACCUCCGCAAGACCCGCCCGCAGAACAUGCUCCGCGCGUGGUCUCUCCCGGAGAGCAACGGCGGCGAGUCGUACAUCGAGCUCCCAGAGCUGCCUUCGGACGACAUCGAGAGCCUGAAGCGCGUCGGGUGGUGGAACGCAAGGCUCGCCGAACAGGCGCCAGGCGCUGGAAUCAAGGUCGUCGCCGGUGGGCGGACGGAAUUCAAGCUGAACGAGAAGCCAGGGUGGCUUGGCUUCUGAGUGACUCGGUGGUCUAGAAACAACA